AUGAUACUAUGUGGAGGUUUCCCCAGGAUUCCGGAGACAGAGGAAGAUAUUCUAAAUCAAACUGUGAUAUUCUUAUUACAGCACAAUGACAUGGGGAAAAUUUUGUUGUCUUUGAGCUACCUUCCUGCAGCCGAACGACUGAUCGUGGUUGCUUCAAAAGCUGAGGAACUCGUGAUGACAGCUGGCAGGGGAUCACACGACCCUUACGUGAGGAUUUCACUUAUCGUUGAUGGAAAGAAGGUCAAGAGAAAGAAAACCUCAGUCAAAAGAAGCACAACAGCACCGGUCUGGAACGAGGCUCUGACAUUUAAUAUCUCCUCAGAUAUGCUGCCGAAAUGUAAUCUUGAAGUAACAGUUUUUGACCAUGACCUGAUAGGUCACGGUGAAUUUGUUGGCCGUUGCAUUAUUGGGGCACACCGACCAGAAGGAGAAGGCAAACAUUGGAAUGACAUGCUUGAUAACCACCGACAGUCAAUGGCUAUGUGGCAGCACCUAUAUAGACGAUAACGCCUGAUGGUUUCGAAUUUUUAUUCGUGAUAAAGUUUUUCAUUGACAUUAUUUUGAAGAGUGUUUUCCAUUUUUGCCAAAGAAGUACAAUAAGGCUUGUUUUUAUAGAUGUAUAUAGCUAGUGUUAUUUUGUAUGCCAACAAUUGCCUUUACAUUAAUGUGAUAAUGUUGCACAGCUCUAGCUUGCCGUUCUAGGAAACGUGUCAUGGCUUUGAACAAAGUUCCUAACCUUAGGUUGAAAUGUUUCUUAUGAUCCAUAUUUGGUUACGAGAAAGUCCUGUUGCCUCUUUCAACAGUUAUAUUCAAUGCAAAGACAGUUUCAUUCACAUUGAUUAUCAUAUAUAUAUCAGUUGUCUAGUAUUUCAAAAUGACUUGCAUAGAAAUUCAAAGUUUUGGAUUAUAAGAUUCAGUUUUAAUGAAGUAAUUACAUCGUGUAUCUGACCUGUUGGAAGAGAGUUCACAAGCAGAAAUAAAUACUAACAAUAACGAU